UUCGAUAAUUACCAUUUGCGCUGCUUGAACACCUGGGACACUUACAGUGGACCUCAAGAAAAGUGCACACCGCUUUUGGUGCAGGUGGUGGCCUUCGUAGAGGAGGUGUGCAUUUUCGCAAGUCUCGAUUUUUCCUCGCCGCUUUAGCGAUCUUCGCCGUCACCGCACAGCAGUGCAGACAGAAUUAAUUUUGUGUGCCUUUUCGCAAAAGCAGUGUCGAAAAGUUCGAGUGGUGCGACGCAACGGUGUCCUGCAGCGUGCUAAAACAAUGCGUCGCACCUCUUGGUGAAAUCGGUGCUAAUUGAAGUCACAGUGUAGUCCGAGCCAGUCUAUCUCGCGCUAUUCGCCUGCUCACCCACAUACACAUUCAGAUCUCGUCGCCAUGCGUUCCUUGCUCCUGUUCCGCCGCAGGUGUCUCAGCUGGGCCGCCGAUGGAGGCAGUCGCACUCUUGGCUGCACCGUGAAAGCACCGAUGGGAGACCUGCAGAGAGACCGGCUCGGCCAGCGGCCGCUGCACACCAAGCCGUCCGACGGCCAGGACGACACGUGUCCGGGCCUGGUGCGCGGCAUUGACCGCCUCCGUGACCCGCACCUCAAUAAGGGCAUGGCUUUCACCCUGGAGGAAAGGCAGGCGCUCGGAAUCCACGGCCUGCUGCCCCCUCGCUUCAAAACCCAAGAGGAGCAGUUGGAAUUAUGCAAAUUGAGCGUUGAUAGAUACUCCGAGGACCUCAACAAGUACAUCUACCUUACUGGCUUGCAGGAUCGUAAUGAGCACCUCUUCUACCGCCUUCUCUCCGAAAAUGUUGAAGAAAUGAUGCCCAUCGUGUACACGCCGACGGUGGGAUUGGCGUGCCAAAAGUUUGGUCUCGUCUACAGACGACCCCGCGGCCUCUUCAUCACCAUUCACGACAAGGGCCACGUGUACGACGUGCUGCGAAACUGGCCCGAGUCCGACGUCCGAGCCAUCGUGGUCACCGACGGUGAAAGAAUUCUUGGCCUCGGUGACCUGGGCGCCUACGGAAUGGGCAUCCCUGUGGGAAAAAUGGCCUUGUACACCGCCCUGGCGGGAAUUAAGCCGCACCAAUGCUUGCCCAUCACCCUUGACGUUGGCACAAAUAUCCAAAGCCUUUUGGACGACCCAUUGUACAUCGGUCUGCGGCAGAAACGCGUUACAGGCACCGAGUACGACGAGUUCAUCGAGGAAUUUAUGCAGGCGGUGGUGCGGCGUUACGGCCAGAAUACUUUGAUCCAGUUCGAAGACUUCGGCAACCACAACGCCUUCCGCUUUCUGGAAAAGUACCGCAACCAGUACUGCACCUUCAACGACGACAUUCAGGGCACUGCCUCGGUCGCUGUUGCCGGGCUGUUGGCCUCCCUUCGCGUGACGCGCACAAAACUGAAGGAAAACACUUUUGUCUUCCAGGGUGCUGGUGAGGCAGCCAUUGGAAUUGCAGACCUCUGCGUCAUGGCCAUGAUGCAAGAGGGCGCCAGCCUGGACGAAGCCCGCCAGCGUAUCUGGAUGGUGGACUCCAAAGGUCUGAUCGUGAAGGACCGCCCCGAAGGUGGCAUCUCUGGCCACAAAAUGCGGUACGCCCGAGCCCAAGCUCCAAUCCGGCACCUUGCUGAAGUUGUCAAGACGGCCAAACCAUCGGUGCUGAUCGGUGCCGCCGCCAUCGGAGGCGCCUUCACCCCUGAAAUCCUUCAAGACAUGGGCACCUUCAACGAGAGGCCCAUCAUCUUUGCCCUGAGCAACCCCACCAGCAAGGCCGAGUGCACUGCCGAACAAGCCUACCAGAACACCAAGGGCAAAGUGGUGUUUGCCAGCGGCUCGCCAUUCCUCCCCUACACCUACGAAGGCAAAACCUUCCACCCUGGACAGGGAAACAAUGCCUACAUCUUCCCUGGUGUAGCUUUGGGCGUCAUUUGCACUGGCAUGCACCACAUCAGCGAUGAAGUUUUCCUUAUUGCAGCACAAGCCCUCUCAGAGCUUGUCACUGACGGAGAUUUGGCCAAGGGUUCUUUGUACCCCCCGUUGAAUUCCAUCAAGGACUGCUCUGUGAAAAUCGCUGCCAAAAUUGUGGACCAUGCGUACGCCAAGGGCAUCGCCUCCACCUACCCGCAGCCCUCGUGCUCCCUCAAGUUCGUCGAGAGCCAGAUGUACGACUUCCACUACGGCCCCUCGGCGCUGCCCCCCCAAUACCCGUGGCCGGAUUUCGCCACACUCAGCCUGACCAAGUGAAGAAAUUCAGAGAAAGAGACGGAAAAUAUCUAUCUUUUAUUAAACAGAGGCGUGUGAGCUGUUUCUUUUCUUUCUGUUGGUGCUGCUAGUCAGAACGGGAGAGAAGAAACUGCUACCUGAGCUGUUAUUUAUUUUAAUCUGUGACUCAAAAUAAAAUUGUUUUAUUAUUUUGACAAA